CGUCACAAUUCACAAUUUUUGAAAACAGAUUUUCUAUAAACACGUGCAGCCGGUAUACAAUCACAGGUGUGAUGGUAUCGUAGGGUUAUUGCCGGGGACCCCAGAUUGUCAUUCUUGGAUAAUAUUAGGACAAAUACCGUAAUAGAAAUCGUGUGGUACAAUGUAAUUGGUUGAAUUUCCUGAUGGUGAACAUAAAUGAAGAUAUGAUGGAAUAAAAUUAAGAUGAACCUACAACUGGUCACAAUGAUAAGUGUUCGGAAAAAAGAUAUAUCUACAAAAUAUUGAAUCAUCGGAUGAAGGCAUAUAUAUUAACAAUGACGUUUUAUCCAGGAAACAAAAAGCAAAUCGUACACAUCGGUUCCAAACUAUGCUGUGCUUUCUGACUGGACAGUGGGUGUAACACUAUUAGUGUAUAACAGUAGACCAGUUUCGUAAAUAUAUGGUUUAUUUACAACGGGAACAGAAUAUCAAACAUCUACAUAAUUACAACAAUCUUGAAUCAACCAUUCUGCCCCUCUGCCAAGGCAGCGGCUGAACUCGGGUGAAUCCAUACACUCGUCCAACCCUUUCUUCUCCUCCCGGCUCUUCUCUGCUAACUGUCAGUUAACUCCUCAAUAUAUACCCUUGUUCACAGCUAUCAUGACGCCAUCAUUACUUGGAAAAUGACGGCCGACUAGUUCCGUUUUCAUUUUUAGAAACCGGUACCAUCCAUGGUUACAAAACUUUAAAUUGAAGUUUAUACUUCGUGCUUGUGUUCAUGCAGAUCAUUAAUUUCAGAGAUAUGGCUCUUGUUGUUUAUAGAUUAAAUUUAUCGCCCGGUUGAUUUAUAGCCUACACAUUUAUAUCCAUGUCACGCAUAGCCUACUGGAAGUGAGAUCGGCUAACCUUUCCAGGUCAUAAGCCUCCAUGUCCGCCAUAUUUAUUUCAUAAAUUAGAAACAAGUAUGGCGGCUUGGGGUCGUUAACUUUUUUUAUUUAAUUAUUUCGGUAUUUUUGUAACCGGAGUUCUGCUUUAAGUAGAUAUAACAAAGUCGAAGAAAACGAGUACGAGCGUGUACUAUUUGCAAAGAAAUAAUAAAUUUUAAUUCUAUAUCUACAUGCAAAUACAAGCAAACAUCAUUAUACAGCCAUUGAAUAACCGAGCAUGACGUCACCCGUCACCGUAGUCAUUUUGGGUUUGUGACAACCGACAUGCCAAGUUUCCUGUCGAUUUUUCUUAACUUGGCAGAGCCUUCCUUUUUGGCGUUUUUUUUUUUUCGAAAACCGUCACACCCAGUAACAACUGGAUGACAAGUAGCUCUUGGUCCAAAAACCCGAGUUGGAAGCAUAAUUAAUGAGACGUUAAGUAUUUCAGUUUUACUUGUCUUUACUAAACUAGGAUCUGGAAGAGAUGUUAUCAUUGACGAGUUCUGAGUGGUGUGAGGGAUUAACCAAUGGAACGGCGAGCUUUAGGCGUGUUUUUCACGGAACUGUGGGUAAUCCAUUAGUAACAUCAAUGUUGAUUGGUUAAUCAAAUGUCUGAAGUCAUAGGGUCAAAAGCCGCUCGUAUGACCUCUAACGCGACCUAUCGCCACAACCGGUCAGAUCUUCUUGUAGUGUAGGCCAUCGAAAGUAUAAAAAAAAAGAAACGAAACGAAAUAUAGAUCUGUAGGCUAUUUUAAUCAGAUUGAACUCAGCGUAAUAUCCCCUUUAACAUGUUAUUUAUUUGGGAAUGCCCAGUCAAUCUUUUCACAUGAAUGUUUAUAUUCGGCUCUGUAUUAAGUCAGUUUUUCGGGGAAUAUGCGUAGUUUUGAAUAGACCUAUGUGUUGAGGGGAGAGAUAACUACAAUUUUCCACAAGCUUUAACACAACCUGAAGUUAUUCUGCAGUUCGUAUUAUCAGUACUGUUAUACUCUGAAGACGAAAAGAUGUGACGAUUUCAGCUUAGUAUGGCCUUAUUCUCAGAUUAAAGUAUGGCAGCGCCUAGUUUUAGGUCUGUAGAUCUACAGAGUGUUGACCUGAGUAAACUUCAAUUUGUCAAUAAACUAGAGCCGAGAUAUGAAUGUCCAGUUUGUAAACUUGUUCUCAAUAAACCGAUGCAACUGGGCUGUGGUCAUCAUGUUUGUGAAAAAUGUCUGAACAAAGUAUUUGAGAAGGGAGAUAAAGCUACAUGUCCUAUAAAUGAUGAUGAAUAUUGUAAAGACUUAUCAAGGAAUGAGGUGUUUCCUGAUGCCAGUGUUGGAAGAGAAAUACUUAAUUUAAAAGUUUAUUGUACAAAUAAAGAACAUGGCUGUAACCAUACGGAUUCUUUAAGAAAAAUUCAGGAUCAUUUGAAUCAGUGUCGAUACCAAGUAGCAAAAUGUCCGAAUGCAGGGUGUACUGAAAAAAUACUUAAAGAGAAUUAUGACGAACAUGUGAAAUCAUGUCCUUAUAAGAAGAUCAAAUGUCCAAGAUGUAAUCAAGACUUCCCUAAAAUCAAGGAAAAGGAACAUAACGAAAAGGAAUGUCCGGAGGUUGAAGUUCAUUGUCCGUUUAAAUGUGAUGCACCAAUGAUGAAGAGAAGAAAUUUGCCCCAACAUUACGAGACUUGUGCCAAAAGACCUGAAGAAUGUGGCUAUAAGUUUUUUGGUUGCACAAAAAUGGGGUCUGAAUUUGAACUAAAAGAACAUAUGACCAAUGAUACUGAUAAACAUGUUGAAUUAAUUGCAGUGUAUAUAAGUGAGAGAGAUAAAAAUUCCACAGUAGCACAGCAUGCUCCUGUCGGUAAUGUACCAGAUGAUAUAAAAGCUAAAAUAUCAUCAGUAGAAAAUGGUAUUAAAGAAUUAAAGCUUAAAAUAGUUGGAUUAACAGAAAAAGUUAUAACAAUGGAGAGGAAAAUGGCUGAUCUGCCUCGUAAAACGGUUCUUGAACAACAAGCAAGGGAUAUUGUUGAUAUCAAAGAUAGAGUUGCCACUUUAACAGAACAAUUCCGAAAUAUGGACGGAGGUGCCACCAUAACACGUUAUGGCACACUGAAUGAUAUGGCGGAUGCGUUUACCAAUCAGCUGGCCACUCAUGAUCGUCAGCUUGGCAACCAUGAUGUGAGAAUAGCUGAAAUGGAUCUGCGAUUUCAAAUAUUAGAAACGGCAAGUUACAAUGGUGUAAUCAUCUGGAAGAUCAAAGACUACAUGCGAAGAAAACAAGAUGCUGUUAAUGGAAGAACGCUGUCGUUAUAUUCUCAACCAUUUUACACCAGUAAAUAUGGAUACAAGAUGUGCGUUAGGACGUAUCUGAACGGAGAUGGUAUGGGCCGAAAUACUCAUGUUUCCUUGUUCUUUGUGGUCAUGGGCGGAGAAUUCGAUGCCUUGUUACCGUGGCCAUUCCAACAAAAGGUCACAUUAUACAUCAUGGAUCAAGGCCCAGGUAAACGCCAUCUUAGUGACCAUUUUCACCCGGAUGCUACAAGUACAAGUUUUAGACGACCUGUUUCUGAGAUGAACGUGGCCUCAGGUUGUCCACUGUUUGUCAGCCAUACUGUUUUGGAAAGCAACUCAAACCAAUAUAUAAAGGAUGAUACUUUAUUUAUCCGCUGUAAUGUAGACUUAAAUGGUUUGGAUAAUUUUUAAUUCAAACAGAGUUGAACGAUGUUCUGUUUAUUACAAAAGGCUUCCAAGUGAAGCCUCAUCCCAGAAUGCAACCAAGGGUUUAUGACCACUUUUUUCAUUGUUUAGAACUGCUUCUAUUAACCCUUUAGUGCAUGGUACAUGCAUUAUACCUCAAGACAGCCCGAAAACGAUGCAAUACUACAGUUGCUUAGACCCCUGAAACUGUCCAAGAUAUUUGAAUAGUUCUGCAUGUUUUAAGACCAUAUUCUAGUUCUUUGAGGCGCUACAGUUAUGGGUGGUCUAAGGAACACUAGGGGUUAAUUAGACACCUACUUUUAAACUGUACACAGAGCAUACCCUUCAGAAAAAAUGAUUGCAAUAUCCUUCACUCACAUCACUCACAUGUAAAGCAGUAGAUUUACACAUGUGCUGUCUGUUGCCAACCGUCCAUAAUUCAUUUAAACAUUCCUAAACGAAGCUAUGCUUUCGCACUUUCGAUCCUUUAGAAAUAAUUAUAGCUUGUUCAGAAGACAAAAGGUGAUUGUGAGUGUAUAUUUCAUUGCCGGGCAACCUGUGUUUUUAUUCUGUGAAAGUUCAGCAUGAGAAUCAAUGAUAACAAAGGUGGUCAACUAAAUAAAAAAAAUAAAAUCAAUCUCUUGGUUUGUUAAUCUGAGCAUCUAAAAAAAUUCUAAAUGCCAUAUUUUGGUCAUACUCAUUUCUUGACAUAUUUUCCAGUUCUAUAUUUUUUCUUGCUUUCCCCUAAUAAAAAUGGUAUGACCUUGUCGUGGUUUAGGGGCUUUAGAUCUCCAUUCUGUUAGACAGUGAAACAUCCUUUUACCAUCUGGCUCAAAUGUUAUGCACAUUUAUUUGUGGAAAAUGCAUAUUUUAGAAAACUUUUUGGGAGAAAACAAGUCUUCUCUUCAAAUUAUCCAAAGUUCCUUUAUUAGUGAUGCAAAGAUAAAAUUUACAAUAUGCCAGAUUUAGAAAUAUAAAUUCUUAACAGAAAUGAUUAAUAUUGUUAUGAUAGAAAGUGAUUGAGAUCGACCAACAAACCAUUUUUGACCUUCAACUCUUUCACUAAAUUUCAGUAGACCAACUCUGUAAUUUGAAAUAACUAUAGAAAAUCAGCUAUUAAAAUUUGACUAGUUGUCACUUGUAACAUAAACUGAAGGUCAGCUUAAAGGAGCUAAGUCUCUAACUCAAUAACAUCCAAAGUCUUCGACAAAGAAAACUAUGUCAAUUUAAAUCGACAUUGAUGUUGUGAUCUUACCGGUAAAAGAUGGGCUUCUGAUAUCCAAUAUUUGAGACAAAAUAAACAUUUUACCAUUGGUACACGAAUCGUGUACCAUAAUGCUUUUUAGCACCAUUUGUAACAAGGGACUUGAAGAACGAGUCUAGACAUAUUCCACAAGUCAUGUCGAACGGUUAUGCCAUAUUCUUAUCUGGAGAGCAUGCACGCAAUAAAUACCUUUGGUGUAGACUGGAAUAACCAGACGCUAGAGAUUGUCAUUCGAUUGAGAUUCCUGGCGUAUUUCGCCGAACAUAAUUGAUUAGAAACUACAGUAAAAACAGAAACGAUUGACUGCAAAUCAGUUUAUGUACAUUCGUAUUACAUUAUUAUAUGCGUUGCGACCCAUUUGUGUCAAUUUCUAGUUCCCAAAUAUUAGCGAUUUAGCUCCUUUAAGAGCAGCUGUUAUAGAAAUGCUUAUUUGCAUAAACUCUGUAACUCCUUACCCAAAUGUGAUUGUAAUGUGAUAAAAAUAUGACCAGGCAUAAUGACCAGUCAGUUUUAGAUAGUAUUUAAUUUGUCAUGGUUAAUAUUAAUCUGGAUAGAAGAUAUAUAAUUAGUUAAGUAUUUAAAGGGUGUUUGGCUCCAUAUUUUAAAAUGUUCAUUGUGUUUUAAAUAUUGGAUAUUAGGAUCCCAUAUUUUCAAGCCAACAUAACAACUUCAAUAUGAAUUGAAAUUGAUCAAUGUUGAAUUCCAAUUUGUGUUUUUAAUUUCGAAUAUUAUGUAAAAUGUUGAGUUAGAGAUUUAGCUCCUUUAAUCCAUUAUUGUAUAUGACAAUCUUGUAUAGUAUAUGUUUUGAUGUCAACACUUGAGCUUAUUCAUUUAUAGAAUAUAAAAAGACUAAUGUACAUCAAUAGGGAGGUCAUUAUGUCACCCGACGUGCUGUAAGUGUACAUUGUAUGUAUUGAAUUAUUGUCAUUUGUAAGAUAUAAUUAAAAGAUUGAAGGCCUCGGGCACAAUAUUUGCAAGCUCUUAACAAGUACAUGUAUAUAGCUGAGGUAUAUAUUUAUGUUAUAUAGUCUUUUGUCAUCAUCAGUGGCCACUAUUAUUGUAAAUUUUCUGUAGAACUUUCCAUAUUUGCAGGAAAUUUUAUUUUUAUUUACUGUGCAUUAACUAAUUUGUUGAGAUGCCAUAUUAAUUAAAGAUAUGUUAACUAUUACAUGUUUAUUUGUCUUAUUAAUUAAAGAUAUGUAAAUUAUCUACCACUAUCUUAGUGAUAACAGAUAUCAGUUUCGUAAAUUUAUGAUUUAUUUAUAUCAAGAACAGAAAUGUACAUACACAGGAACAUAAAUCAAACAUCGAUACAGUACAUUAAUAUAGUCUCUACCCCUCUCUUCUCCUCCCUGCUUGUCUCUUGUCUGUGCCUUCUUUCUGCGUCUCUUCUCUUCAGAAAGCACAGGGUCUUAUAUACCCUUGUAUAGUUAACUGUGCAAAUUCUAUUUAAUCAAGAACAUUUUCACUACAUGUGGUAAUUAAUACGUAUGUAAUUAAAUAUGUGUAUAUAUGUAGUGGACAGUACAUGUAUAUCUUAUAUCCUAGAUCAAUUACGUAUGGGAUUCAAUGAGUUCACACAUGUGGGGUUCAAAUUGGUUCUAUGAAUUUAAAUAAAUACUUUAUAUGUAUACAAUAUAAUCUUAAUAUGAUACGAGGUAUGGAGCAAUUUGUCACAAUUAUCAUACGAUUAUAUGUUAUAUUAGAUAAAGAUAUGUUAACUAUUACAUAAUUAGAGGUAUGUAAAACUAUAAUAGUUAAUUAAAGACAUGUUAAACUACAACAUGAAUAUCUAUCAUAUUACUUAUUUAAAGAUAUGUUAACCGUAACAUGAUUAUCUAGAGGUAUUAGAGGUAUGUAAAACUAUAUUAGUUAAUUAUAGACAUGUUAAACUAUAACAUGAAUAUCUAUCAUAUUACUUAUUUAAAGAUAUGUUAACCGUAACAUGAUUAUCUGUCAUAUUAGGAAUAAAACCAGUAAUUGCACCCCAUAAAUUUUUUGUUAAUAAGUGUAUGCUUUUUUUUACUGCCUACUAUUGUAUAAUGAUAAAUAAUUAUGUUUGCAUUUGUUUAUUAUUAAAGGGCUAAUAUAAGUUUUAUUAAUCUCCGCAAAAUUUCACUACGGUGAUCGAGAAUAUUUGUGGGCAAUAACAACAGAUCAUUUAUUUAAAUCUAAUCUGGUGGCAAUGUGCUUACAUCAAGGCAUGAAACCACUUACUUAUACAGGUAGUCAUGUCAUAUUGCUUGGGUAGAGCUUCUCCAGAUUUUAAAACAUAUAGUUGCUUUGCGAGUGAUGAGGGUAAAUUUAGACGUUGUCCACUUAAAGAUUUAGAUAAAAAAAAACAGCUGGAUGUUAAUAUAAUGCUAUAGUAGUUCAAAAAUAGAUAAUGAAAAAUGAAAUGACUGUUUAAAGACAUACCGUUUAUCGUUUAUCAUUCAUUAUCGUGGCAAUGGUACCCGACAAGCGAGACUGCCCCGAUGUCCAUGUUAUUAAAUUUUUAAAUGUCAUAGAUGUUUACCGUAAAUCUCGGCCAUCUGAAGAUGGCAAGUUGCUUUUUCUGUUAAUAAAUGUCUAAAUAUUAAUUUUUUUGAUAUAUAACAUUUGAAGCCAAAAGAAAGACCUGCAGUCGGCAGAUUUUGCUCUUACAUAAUGCAUCUUUAAUUGACUACAAUUUAGAUUUUUCGAAUAUAUCUUUGUGUUAUCAUUGUGAUAUAAAUAAUUUUGUAAAAUUAUGCCCCCUCACCUAAAACCUUUGUGAAUGAGAUAGACGCUACAGUUUUUAUACGCCCACAUUGAAAUGUGGUCGUAUAUUGUCGUCGGUCCGUCCGGCGUCCACAAGCUCUAGAGGCUAAAGUUAAUAUCCGAUUCACUUUACAUUUAUAUACAGUGUUUAAGGUCAUUAGAUGAAGAAACCUAUUGAUUUUCAGCAAUUUCCGAUAAUUACUGCCAGAGUUAUGGCCCUUGAUCACUUCAAAAAAUCUUGUGGAUGCUCUAGAGGCCAAAGUUAAUAUCCGAUUAACUUUAAAUUUAUACAUAGUGUUUAAGGUCAUGAGACGAAGAAGCCUAUUGAUUUUCAGCAAUUUCCGAUAAUUACUGCCAGAGUUAUGGCUCUUGAUCACUUCAAAAAAUCUUGUGGACACUCUAGAGGCCAAAGUUAAUAUCCAAUUGACUUUAAAUUGAUACACAGUGUUUAAUGUCAUGAGACGAAGAAGCCUAUUGAUUUUCAGCGAUUUCCGAUAAUUACUGCCAGAGUUAUGGCCCUUGAUCACUUCAAAAAAUCUUGUGGACGCUCUAGAGGCCAAAGUUAAUAUCCGAUUGACUUUAAAUUUAUACGCAGUGUUUAAGGUCAUAAGACGAAGAAGCCUAUUGAUUUUCAGCGAUUUCCGAUAAUUACUGCCAGAGUUAUGGCCCUUGAUCACUUCAAAAAAUCUUGUGGACGCUCUAGAGGCCAAAGUUAAUAUCCGACGAAGAAGCCUAUUGAUUUUCAGCGAUUUCCGAUAAUUACUGCCAGAGUUAUGGCCCUUGAUCACUUCAAAAAAUCUUGUGGACGCUCUAGAGGCCAAAGUUAAUAUCCGAUUGACUUUAAAUUUAUACACAGUGUUUAAGGUCAUGAGACGAAGAAGCCUAUUGAUUUUCAGCGAUUUCCGAUAAUUACUGCCAGAGUUAUGGCCCUUGAUCACUUCAAAAAACCUUGUGGAUGCUCUACAGGCUAAAGUUAAUCUCAUUGACUUUAAAUUUAUACACAGUGUUUGAGGUCACGAGGCGAAGAAUCCUAUUGAUUUUCAAAGAUUUCUGAUAAUUACUGCCAAAGUUAUGGCCCUUGAUCACUUUGAAAAAUCUUGUGGACGCUCUAGAGGCCAAAGUUAAUAUCCGAUUGACUUCAGAUUGAUACACAGAGUUUAAGAUCUUGAGGCGAACAAGUAUGUUUAUUUUCAAUGAAUUUUUAUGACUUGGAACAGCUAAAUCCCUGAUACAGUAUUAAAAUUUUUGUAUACAUAAUGUUAGCAUGGGGCAGAACUUUAUAAAAACCAAACAAAUUCUAAUGGUUUUCUGAGUUGUUGCUCUUAAUCAGAUUUUAGUGUAUUAUAAAUGUUUCAUUACCGAAAAAAGUAAAAAUAUGCGACAACUCUUGUUGACUGCCCGGACGAUUUAGCUGCUGUGGGCGUAUGUUUCGUUGCCUGGCAACCUAUCUUUAACAGAUUAACAGAUCAUUUUCAGAAUUGGUGAGAAGUAUUAUGUUCAUGAGAGGACAAACCCUGAUGGGAGCUGCAGUGUUUAUUGGAUUUAUUUAAAUUUGGUCAUGAGAGGUUGAACUCUAUCAAUAUCUCCCCCCCCACCCUUUUCCAAGAACCUUAAAAACCUGACUUACUCACUUGGCCACCAUGGCUCCCGAAUAUGGUAAAGAAUCUUGAUCUUAUUGUAUAGAUUUGUUAUCAUUUACAUAAAUAUACCAAUUGAUAUAUUGCGUGUACAGAGAUCUACAUAGAAUUUAAUGAAACUGUCCAGGUUUUCAAAAUAAGGUUAAAAUCACCCAAAAAAGAGAUAUUUUUGAAAAAAUUGAAUUUCAAAUCAAAAUUUAUGAGGACAGUGUGCAAUAUCACCCAGCAUGAAAGCGAAUGUAAAACCCCACAGUGUAGGAAAUUCAUAUUUUAUGAAUAGAGUUGUUUGCACCAAAGUAGGCUGCUUUAUACAUCGUGGCGUCACGAUCCUAUUUAUGGCAUAUCUUGUGGCAUAUCGGCACAAUGAAUUUAACUUUUCUUUUGAUACAUAGAUAUAUUUAUUCAAUAGAGAAAUAAAAUGAACAAAAGAGGGUUUAAUAUCCUAUUUUUCUGCACCGACUGAGCUAAUGAAGAUAUAUAGAUUAUUUCUGAUUUUACACUGUCAAGUGAGGACUAUCUAUAUUUGCUUUGUGUUUGAAAUUGUGAUCUCUAUUACAAGCUUUUGCUAUUAAUAAAGUUUACAUUUUAUA